AUGAAGACAAUAUGUACAGAUCUGCAUUCUGAAAAAUUAACUCAGUCUGGUGUGGAAAACUACAGAGCUGGUCACAAACUAGAGCUACAGUGUGAAAAGGAAGCCUGGAUCAGUAGGGCGCUGUUUGGUAACCCAGGCAAUCAGGUGCAGACCUCAGAACUGACCCGAGCGGUCUCACCCAGUCGCGGAACAGUGUUUCCCAAAAGGGAACCAAGAUCUCCAACACGGAAACCCGAGCUCCAGCGCCUGAAAGAGGGGGCUCUCCCUCCCGCAGAUGGCUCCGGUCCCGGUCUCCCGUCGCCUCAAGGCCUCUUCGGGGGACUCGGGCCUCUCGGAUCCGCUCCCCGGAGCUCGCCACUCCCCCAGCUCGGCUGCGCACGGGCGCCCACCGUCCCAGCCUGCAGGCCCGUCACCAGGCAACAGUCACCAGCUCUAAGGGCCUCGGGAGGCCUACCCCGGGUGCGGGUCCUUCCCCGUUCCCUCCUUGCUGGCCUUGAGAGCCCAGAUGGGAGUGUGGCAGGUGAAGGCGAUUGCCCGGUGCCCAUGGGCGGUCACUCACCUCUUCCCCUCUUUCCCUGGAGGGGCGGUGCUGGGGCUCGUUUCCCCCGCCCCCCCAAACGCUUCCUGGCUGCUCCUGCUCGACCUCAGAGCCAAGCCGCUGCCGCCGGCUUACUCCAUAGCCUUCUCCACCCGCGCGGCCUCAAAGGUUCGGAAGGGGCGGGGACUACGCUCCCUGGGCUCCGCCCACCGGCUGCCAGGUGGGGGCGGUGUUACGAGCUAGGGGAGGAACCCGAGCGCGAGCCGACCGCGGUUCUUUUGACCUGGUUCCGUAGACUUGGCUGCCAGAGUGGGCUUCUGGGGCCAGGACCGAGCGAGCCGGGUUUCGUGAGCCCUAACGGUGGCUUCUGCCGUAAAAAGAGGACAGGGAAUUCAGGAUCCUUUCAAGCUACUCAACUAUGGGAUGGUAUUAUUUACUCCCUUCAGACUCAGGUGGAAAUAAAAAGGAAGCAUCACUUACGAACAUACAAAGAUUGUUUUACUGUUUCUGAUGCUGUUGGCAUAGUAUCAAGUCAUCUUAUACAAAAUAUGUGCUUAAGUAGUAAUGACAUCUCUCCUCUUAAAGGAGUUUGUCUUUGCCAAGUUCUAAUGAAUCAUAAAGUACUUGAACCAGUAGGAAUGAAGCUACUGAAGAAGAAAAAGGAAUUCGAAUCUGAAGAUUAAAACAGUAGUCUCAACAGGUUUCUAGGCAAUCAUAUAUCCUUUUUUUUUUGCAAAAGAAAAAAGCAUUCUGAAAAUGGGUUCACUGAUGAAAUAAAAGCAAAGAAAGCUUUAAGGAAGUAUUCAUAUGUGGAAAUGUGGUUGUACCUCCAAAUAUCACAAACCUGUGACAAACCUGUUCUCUCACUUUCGAAAGAAGAUAUUUGGAAACAACAGACAGUGCUAUAUAUUUUUUAGCUGAUUCACUGUCCAUUCUCGGAAAAUAUUUUGGAGCCUCCACUUAAAACACAAAAUCUUCAGGCAGUUAGCAAAGAGGAAGACCUCAUUCUCUCAAACACUUGUCUAGUCAGAGAGGUUAUUCCAAGCUUAUGUCUAUCUGAGAUUGACAACUGGCUUAUUAAUGCAACAAUUGAGUGCUUGGAAUAGUUCCCUGACCGUUUAAUAGUUACAGUUAAUCAGAAGUUAGUACAAUCAGAAAAGCCAAGAUUGACUAUACAGAAGAUACUCUCUGAUGUCAUAGUAAAAUACUAUAAUGAGAUAAAUUGCCUAUUAACUGAUGAGACUGAUAUUCAGUCAGGAAUUAUUGAACUUCCAUAUAAUUUCAUGGCUAUUCCAUCAGAACCUAAUGCCUGCAAGUUACAAAGACAAUAUGGUAACAAAACGGUAAUCCUGAAAACUCUUGUCAAGGCAGUUUUGCAAAUGCAAUCAUUAUUAAAAGUACAAGCAGAACAACUAGUCUGGUUUUUACUCAAGUAUCACGCUGAGCUCUUCAAGACUCCAGUUACUUUAUUGAAUCUGGUUAGUAAGAAGCUUAAGAAGCUUCAUAGAGAAGAUCCAGAUGCGACAUCAGCACUUACUUACUUGAAUGGUGGAGUGGAAAAGGUGGAUUCGAGCAUUGAGGAGGAGCUGGGAUUUUGCUUGUCAGCUGUUGCACGAGAGAAUUGA